AUGGGGGUAGAGGUAUCUCUCGGUAAAAGAGGCGCUAUGGUUCAAGGUUUAUUUGGUGUUUCUGGAGGAAUUUUUGCAGUUGGUGGUCAAUGCACUGGCCCUACAAAAUCAAUCUGGUUAAUAUCUGUGGCAGCAGCGCUAUGGGGGGUGUGGUUGGCGAGAAAUGAGAUGGUUUUUGAGAAUAAAUCGACUUCUCAGAAGGAUCUGUUGUUCUAUGUAAAAAUGAUGACCUUAAUUUGGAUUAAAGAAGUAAAUGAUUCCUUAAUUCUUUGCGAAGAGAAUUGGUGGAAUGAUCCUACAGGGUGCGUUCUGCCGAAAACUCCAAAGAUGGAUUGGCAGCCACCUGCGGCCGGGCUGCUGAAAUUUAAUAUAGAUGGAGCCUUCAGAGAUUCGGCAGUUGGGUGCGGGGGAGCGUUGAGAGAUAAUAGUGGCAACAUAAAAGCGAUCUUUUCAGGGCCUAGAGAAGUUGUUAACUCGGAUUUUGCUGAAGUAGUUGCGAUAAAAACUGUCUUGGAGCUUUUCCUAGAAAUUGGUUGGCAUAGGCAAUGGGAACUAAUAAUAAAAUCCGAUUCCCAAGUUGCCUUAAACUGGGUUGGUUCCUUAUCGUUAAGGCCCUGUCAUUGGUAG